AUGACACCACCUCCACUUCCACACCCAACUGCACCACUUGCACCACCACAUUCACUACCUCUACAACCACCGCCACCACAUCCUCCUCUUCCUCAUCUGGUGCCAUCAUCACCUCCACCAUCACCUCCUCCAUCUCCACUUACACCACCGCCUCAUCCGCCUCCACCUUCAUCACCACCACCUCCUCUAAAACCUCUACAUCCACCACCACCUUUACAACUGCCAUCCUCACCACCACUACUACUACAACCACCAACUCCACCUUCAUUACCACCACCACCUCUACUCAAUCACCACCAUUGCCACCACAUGAUUAGUACAUAA